GCCGAGCGUGGCCUUGAGACCGCGGAGAAGGGAAGGGCUUGCUCGCUUCCUUCCUCAGAACCGUAGGGUUGGGCCUGGGCUGCUCACAAAGUGGGGCAAGAGGGCUUGGCGGGUGGGGGGAGCUUCCCUUUUGUGCCGCCGCCCACGAGCAGGCAGUUGCCGAGUGGCUGUCAGCCGGCUUGGGGAGAGGGAAGGCAAGGGGCCUAUCUGCCUGCGGUGUGGCAGGAGCUCUCAAACCCUUUCUCAGGUAAAUGUACUAGCAUACAUUCAUAACAAUGGAGUCCAUGCUAAACAAAUUGAAGAGCACGGUUACGAAAGUGACUGCAGAUGUCACUAGUGCAGUCAUGGGAAAUCCAGUUACCAGGGAAUUUGAUGUUGGACGACAUAUUGCUAGCGGUGGCAAUGGGCUUGCUUGGAAGAUUUUUAAUGGCACUAAAAAAUCAACAAAACAGGAAGUGGCGGUUUUUGUUUUUGAUAAAAAACUGAUAGACAAAUAUCAGAAAUUUGAGAAGGAUCAAAUAAUUGAUUCCUUAAAACGAGGAGUUCAGCAGCUAACACGGCUGCGACAUCCUCGGCUGCUGACUGUGCAACAUCCAUUGGAAGAAUCCAGGGACUGUUUGGCAUUUUGUACAGAACCAGUUUGUGCAAGUUUGGCUAACAUACUUGGCAGCUGGGACAAUCUUCCCUCACCUUUACCAUCUGACAUCAAAGAAUACAAACUUUUUGAUGUAGAAAUGAAAUAUGGCUUGCUUCAGGUUUCUGAAGGCUUGUCAUUUCUACAUAGCAGUGUGAAAAUGGUCCAUGGCAACCUUACUCCUGAAAAUAUAAUUUUGAAUAAAAGUGGAGCAUGGAAAAUUACUGGAUUUGACUUCAGCAUCUCAUCUCUAAAUCCAUCUGAGCAAGAGCCAAAGUUCUCUUGUAAAGAAUGGGACCCAAACUUACCAUCUUUGUGUCUUCCAAAUCCUGAGUAUUUGGCCCCUGAAUACAUCCUCUCAGUGAGCUGUGAGACAGCCAGUGACAUGUACUCUCUAGGAGCAAUUAUGUAUGCUGUGUUUAAUAAUGGAAAACCUAUUUUUGAGGUCAACAAACAGGAUAUUUAUAAAAGUUUCAGCAGACAGCUGGAUCAGCUUAGUCGUUUGGGCGCCAAUAACCUUCAAGACAUUCCAGAAGAAGUCCGUGAGCAUGUAAAACUACUGUUAAACGUAGCUCCUGCAGUCAGACCAGAUGCUGACCAAAUGACUAAGAUACCAUUCUUUGAUGAUGUUGGGGCAAUGACACUACAGUACUUCGAUUCGUUAUUCCAAAGGGAUAAUCUUCAAAAGUCACAGUUUUUUAAAGGGCUGCCAAAAGUUCUACCAAAAUUGCCUAAGCGUGUUAUAGUGCAGAGGAUUUUGCCUGCCUUGACAUCCGAAUUUGUGAACCCAGACAUGGUACCUUUUGUUCUGCCUAAUGUUCUGCUCAUUGCAGAGGAAUGUUCCAAAGAAGAGUAUAUAAAGUUAAUUCUACCUGAUCUCAACCCUGUCUUUAAACAGCAGGAACCAAUUCAGAUUCUGUUGAUAUUUCUUCAAAAAAUGGACUUGCUGCUAACCAAAACACCUCCCGAAGAAAUAAAGAACAGUGUUCUUCCAAUGGUUUAUCGAGCAUUAGAAGCACCUUCGAUUCAGAUUCAGGAACUCUGCUUAAACAUAAUUCCUACGUUUGCGAACCUUAUAGACUAUCCAUCAAUGAAAAAUUCACUGAUACCAAGAAUUAAAAAUGCCUGUUUACAAACAUCAUCUCUUGCUGUACGUGUAAAUUCCUUAGUCUGUUUGGGAAAGAUUUUGGAAUACUUGGAUAAGUGGUUCGUUCUUGAUGAUAUUCUGCCUUUUUUGCAACAAAUUCCUUCCAAGGAACCCGCAGUCCUUAUGGGAAUUCUAGGUAUCUACAAAUGUACGUUUAGUCAUAAGAAACUGGGAAUUACAAAAGAGCAACUUGCAGGAAAGGUUCUGCCCCAUCUGAUUCCUCUCAGCAUUGAGAACAAUCUUAAUCUAAAUCAGUUUAAUUCCUUCAUUUCAGUCAUAAAAGAGAUGUUAUGUAAAUUGGAAGCUGAGCAUAAGACCAAACUUGAACAGAUCCAUAUUAUGCAAGAACAGCAAAAAUCUUUCGAUAUAACUAAUCCAAUGAGCCCACCUGAAGAAACAAAAGCCAAUAAUACAGGCAAUCAGAUUGACAAGGUGUUUAGCAGCCUAGGAACAGAUAUCUUAACUAGUGGACCUGAUUGUAAAGAGAAUGGAAUGUUGACAAAUAAGAGAAAGGGAUCGCUUACACUUGAAGAGAAGCAAAAGUUAGCAAAAGAGCAAGAACAAGCACAAAAAAUGAAAAACCAACAGCCACUUAAACCUCAGCCUCACACAGUUACUGCCCCAGUCAAGCAGACCAAGGACUUGACUGACACUUUGAGAGAAAGCAUGGCAUCAUUGACCAGCCAGCCCAUCAACAAACCUAAAGUUCCCUCUUCAAAUAGCUUUUCUUCAGUGGGUAUUGGAAUGGGGUUUUCAUCCCCUGUUGAGAGCGCUAAGAGAAAUGGACUAAAUGCUAAUAUGGGAUUUCAGCCAUCUGGAUUUGGGAUGGGAAUUGGUACUACAAGCCAGAAUUACUUCAGUACUGCUAGUGUCACAGGAAUGGCCAACAUGAAUAUGAUGCCAGCAGCAAACAUGGCACCCUAUAGUCCUAUGAACACUACAGCUGCAAUUUCACAACCAGCACAACAAAGCAGACCACCAGAUAUGUCAGCUUUAGAUAGCCUAUUUAGGGCUCAAAAAACUAAAGUUAGUAUGAAUCAGUUGUCGCAACAAAAAACAAACCCAUGGCUUAAUCAGUUUGCACCUCCUCAGGGUUCCAACAGUACUGCCUUAGGAACACAGAUGAAUGCGAUGGGACAAUCUGGCUUUGGCUUGCAGGGAAAUCCUUUCUUUAGUCCUCAAAACUUCACACAACCAACAAACAGCAUGACAAGCAGCAGCUCAGCUAGUAAUGACUUAAAAGACCUCUUUGGGUAAUAGCUCUGAUUGUGAACGAGUUAAUGUAUGGUAAAAACCUGAUUUGAAGAAACAUCAUCUAGCAAACUGGACAAGAGAAAAGCUAUUUCCAGGAUGCAACUUAGUAAUACACUUUCAUUUGCCUAUGCAUUUAAUUUUCUUAGGCACAAAGUGAUCUCUCUUGCCCCGAAUUUCAAAGUUUUGAGGUCAGGUUGUGUCAAUCCAGGUGCCCAGAGUUAGAAAAAAAUUAAAACCACAUACCUCACAACUUCAGAAAUGUGUCUUCUGACCACCAUGUUAUUUUACAAAUAAACAUCUUAACCAAUAAAAAUUAGCAGUAGGUUGUAAUUGCUGAUAAGCUGUUGGAAGACUUCAAACCCUGGGCUCUUGUUGAUCUUGUAUUUUCUGAAUUUGAUAUGAUACUGAGUUCUAAAUACAUCUUGGUAUAAUAUAAUACCUUAUAGUAGGGUGCAUACAUUAGUCUGGAACUUGCUAUAAACAUACAAGAUUGAACAUGAAGACACUAGAUUGCUACUUACAAUCUUCCCAGCAGAAAAUAAGGUAUGUAGGAGUGAUAUUUUCCCAGUUGAGAUGUGUUCCUUAUCACUGAAAAAUGCUGCUUAGGUAACCAUGCUACAUAACCUGCCUCCAGUUGAUUAUGCCAAAAUUUCAGUCCCUACCAUAGAAGCCGCUAUGCUGGCAUGGUGAUAUUAAAGUCAGGUCUUUAAAAAAGUAAGUAAAUAAUCAUGCUUAUGUCUACACUGAAAAUCUAGGCACUAAAGGAAUACAAGUGCAAAUUAAUCUGUUUUGGAUCAUCCUAGAAGCAAAGGUGGAUGACCUCAGAAUUUAGAAGUCACUUUGAUCACAUUGAAAUUUGGCUUGCUAGUAGGAAAAGAGCUUCAAUUUGUACUCCAAGUUUCUGGUUACUUCUAAGACAAAAGUAAGAGGUUGCCAUCCCUCCGAUACAUACUUCUUUUGAAUUUAAAUUUGAUCACAUUCAAGAGACCUCAGUGAAUUGUUUUAGUUCAGUUGAAUAAAUUACAAAGUUGGAUGAUGCAGCAGUUGACUAAGGCAGGUUGUUUAAUGUAUGCCAAAUCAUUGUAUACAUAAUGUUCAGUCUCACUUGAAAGGCUAAUAUAAAAUUUUCUGCAGUCAGAUUUGGAGUGAACAACCAUUUUGCAUCUCCCUUAAAGGAUUCUUUCAAAUACAAGUUUCCCCCAAAAUGGAAGCAACAGUUUAUGUGGUUAAUUAACAGUUUAUGUGGUUAAUUAGUUGGGGGAUGAACCAGUCUCUACCCUGUCUGCUAUUUCUACUGUACAUUUAACUCUUUCUUUCCUGGGAAUUUUGAGAUCUUUCUUACAUAAUACUUUGGACUAUAGCUGGCUAUUUUGAGAAGGAAAGAAUUAGUUACCGUUUUUAUAGAAAGCCUACAUACUUUAUUUUUCAAAGCCUUUCACUGAUUGAAUCAUUUUCAUUUGCUGCUUAAGAAACCAAAGGGCCUUAUGCUGUAAAUGUGAGCUGUAUUUUGUUAAAUUAUAUUUCCAAUUUUAAGCUGUAAUACUGUUAAAUGUAUCUUAAGAACUUUGUAUUAUAGCUGCUGCCUUAGUACUUUUGUAUCUCUGGGACCAGUGAUAAAAUUGUGUUGUUGUUUUUAAAAAAGAAAAACACACACAACACUUGUGUUAUUUAUGUUAUAUUAAUACUCUCACUGAAUAUGCUCAAUUAGCUACAUAACUCUGUGUGUAAAUUUAUGAAUAUUAAAUGUGUUAGGUUCCUUGUAUGGUCUCCAGGUUUCUUAAGACUCAAACUUUACAUUUUUGUGUAAAGCUUUUCUUUUAAAAAAACAAAACAGUACAGAAUAUGAAGCUUCCCUAUAAUAUGUGGAAAACAAGUUUCUUUAACGACACAAGGCUGGGGAUGGUUUCUUUCAGGGGUGGCUAAAUUUGGGCUCUCUUGAUGUUGCUGGACUCCAACUCCCCAUCAUGACCCAUGAUGAAACAUUAAAAGUUUUGUAUUCCAGCCACAGCUCCCUGCCCCAAUUUGUUGUAAAAAUAAUAAUAAUGUAUACCUACAUUUGGGAUUGGCCUUGCUUGUUAACCUUUUUAUUUUUCAGCCUUUCAGAUUUCAUUAUUCCAUUGAGACUGCUUGAGAGAGCAGGGGGAGGGAAAUCAUUUUGUACUAAUACUGUGGAGACUUUACCUUACAAACCUUUGAGCCUAAGGAUCAAUGGCAAUUUUGUUGGCCACUUUUUUUUUUAAUAGUGACAAUUAUAUUUGAGCUAAGGCUGCAAGCAGAAAAAAACAUGUAAUGAGGAAACACCUUGAUACAUGACUAAAGUCUCUUACAAAAUCAGCAUGUUAUGUUUUUGCUUAUAGAAGCAUAGUGAUUACCUUUCAUAAGACAACAGGAGAAAGGCACUUGUUAAAUAUAACAUGUGAAUAGUUCUUUCUGUGAUUAUCAAAUAAAUCUCUAGUAAAGUUCUUUUUCAAGAUAAUUUAUGUAUUUUUUGAGUCAGGAAGGGAUUUUUUUCACUGAUUUGCUAGCAGAGAUGUUUGUUCAACUUCUCCAAAUUCCAUGAAGUUGCCAUUUCCGCAGGAAGAUGUUGUGAAUUUGGAGAUAGACUAUUCCUUGUAGCGUUCAUUUAUGAAAAUCUCCCUGACCUGUUUUUAUGCUUUUAUAGCUGGUGACUUUUUCCUUUACCGUGAGCUAAACAAAGGAGCUGCUAUGUGCUCAAUAGGAUGUUUGGAUAAUGCUAGUGACACCAGCACUCUCACCUUUUCAUAAUGACGGGAAAUCUACACAUGAUAUGUCAACACCUUUAGAUCACUUGACAGGUGUCACUAGCAAGAGUGUGAUGGUUGAAAAAACAUAUAGGGUGAAGGAGUAUGAAAGACACAAUGAUUGUAAAUGCUUGAUGACAAAUGCUAUUCUUAUUUAUUGUACCCUUAUGAAUUGUAAUACCUUGAAGUAUGAUCUUAAUUAGUCAAGCAAGCUGUAAAUCCUAGUUUCAGCUUCUCAGAUUACUUGAAAUACAAUUUUUUUAAUGUAAUUUGGAAAGCAGAUGCAGCAGAUAAUAAACCUGCUUAUUUAUGCCCCGUUUGUAUUUAAUAGGGAUCAAGUCCUGUUUACUCAACAUGAGCUGAAAUGUAAUUUGUUUGAAUGGGCCAUCAAGUUGGGCAGUUAAGAGGACCGCCUUUGCUAUAGUGCUAUUUAUACAAAUAGAAAGGAAGGGAUGUAACUAGAAGUAACCUCCCUCUUUCAAAUGGGAGUAGUUCCUAACAAAAGGAAGUUAGGAGUUCAUUUAAUGAAAAAACACUUAUUAUAUUCAGUUACUUUCAUGAUAGUCCCUUAUUAAAAUUACUAACUAGGGUUUCAUUUGCACAAUGGAACUUCCUCUCCUGUCCCCUCCAGCUUCCUGCACAGUCUCAAAAUUGGCUGCAGAGAGUUGGGGACACUCCAGAGCAGAUGGUGUGUGUGUGUUUUUGUGUGUGUGUGUGUGUGUGUGUGUAUCCCCAAUUAGAUAUAACCCAAUAUACACCCAUAUAAACAGAAGGAAUGAAAGUUAUAGCUUGACAUCAGUUUAGCUGGGUCUGUAAAGCAAUAUUAUGGUAGAAGUCUUAAUUCUUGGAAAACACGAAUCACUGAAAUUCACAGGCAGGCUAAUAUUUCAGUAGCCUUGCUUUCCCCUCAACUAUAUCAAGGCUUUUGGCUCUCAUAACAAUAAAACAAAACAAGUAAGCAAUAUUGUCGUUUGUACAUUAGAAAAUGUUGAGGAUUAUUUCAGUGUAAACUUGUGAGAAUUGAUCUGCAGUUUUCCACAUGUAUGUUUCACAUACAAAUAAUACUUUUCUAUCUUUGUAUGCUAUAGUUUCAUCGAUCUAGCCUAAUUGGUAUGAGAUGGAUAUUUCACUCUAAAUAAACAACUGCUCUCUCGUUCCUGGUUACAUGAUGUUUCAAAAUUGUCUUGUGGAUAUCUUCUGAAUUUUGCCGGGUUUGUGCAGUUCCAGAUAUAUUUUUUAAAAGAACAAUUUACCUGGGUCUGCCUUUUUGGCAUUGUAAUAUAUACUGACUGUUACAAUAUAUGAUUGCAAUUUUAAUUAACCUGAACUUGGAUGCACCAGAUUUGUUGUGACAAUCUGCAUUCAAAUAGAAAUUGACGGGAAAGCUAGGAUUAGUCCAAGCAGGUUCUGAUUUUGAAUUUUGGCUUCCAGUCUAAAUCUUCAAUGGCUCCCUUUGUACAGAAAUUUGUAAAAAGAGGUUCUCUUUGAAAUACUAAAAUUUCAGGCAAUUUUAAGUGUUGUAUAUAUCUCUCAAGUUGGAAGUUGUAUAUUCAAAUGGCUUUAUAUGUAUUGAACUCAGGCCUGAUUCAAAAUAUUCAAUGUCUGUCUAAUUGUACAGUCCUUCCUUAGUUGUGGCAAAUUUUAUGUUUAGACUGUAAGGCAUUCAAUUUUGUGUGUGUAAAGUAAUGAUAUUACUCUAGUGUUGCUGUGGUUUGUGAUCAGCAGAAUGGUUGGAGCAUGAUACUCUAUUUUGGUUUUAUUGGACUUUGCUGCUUUUCAAAAUAAAUCUAUUCUUUAUAUCAACUUUUAAAACUGGUAAUACUUAAAAUAUGUAAAAUGUACAGUGAUGGUUACAAGAAAUUCCUACAACUUUGUACUGUGAAUGAAUAACUGUGUAGUUUUCAAAUCUUGAAUGAUGUUGCUUUAUUGAAAUAAUAAACUUUUCAUAUUUUCACCUUUUAA